UAGAGAAGAAUGGACAGAGGAAAUUGCUCUUCCUUAAAUGAAUUCAUUUUAUUGGGAAUUACCAAUAACAGUGACAUGAAAGUGAUGCUUUUCACCACGUUUCUACUGGUCUAUCUCAUUAAUCUUUUGGCAAACCUUGGAAUGAUCCUUUUAAUAAGAGCCGAAAACCAGCUUCAUACACCAAUGUACUUCUUCCUCAGUCAUCUCUCUUUCUGUGAUAUCUGCUACUCCACAGCAAUUGGUCCCAAGAUGCUUGUUGACUUAUUAGCUAAAAAGAAAUCAAUUCCUUUCUUUGGCUGUGCUCUGCAGUUCUUAAUCUUCUGCAUCUUUGCAGAUGCUGAGUGUUUAUUGCUGGCAGUGAUGGCCUUUGAUCGGUACAAGGCCAUCAGCAACCCCCUGCUCUAUCCCGUGGAAAUGUCCAGUAGGGUGUGCACCCUGCUCGUGGCUGGGGUUUAUCUAGUAGGCCUGACAGAUUCAUUGAUACAUACCACACUGACGUUCCAAUUAUGCUUCUGUGGGUCUAAUGAAAUUAACCAUUUCUUCUGUGAUAUGCCUCCACUUUUUCUCCUUUCCUGUUCUGACACAAAAAUUAAUGAAUUGGUUUUAUUCACUAUUUUUGGUUUCAUUGAACUGAGCACCAUCUCAGGAGUCCUCAUCUCUUACUGUUAUAUCAUCUCAUCAGUCUUGAAGAUCCGCUCUGCUGAGGGCAGGUUCAAAGCUUUCUCCACCUGCGCCUCCCACUUAACCGCAGUGGCGAUUUUUCAAGGAACCAUGCUCUUCAUGUAUUUCCGGCCGAGUUCUUCCUACUCCCUAGAUCAGGACAAAAUGACCUCUCUGUUUUACACUCUUGUGAUCCCCAUGCUCAACCCUCUCAUCUAUAGCCUAAGGAACAAGGACGUGAAAGAGGCCCUAGAAAAACUAAAAAACAAAGUGUGUUAUUAA